AUCUUAUAGUAAAUGGUAACAAUUCUAAAUUCUGUUUACUUCAAUCAAAGCUUUAAAUCCCGGUAGGAAUACAUGUUUUAACGAAUCUUAAGGAAAGACAAUAUUACUAUUCCCCCACUUGAGAUAUAAAAUGGCAGCGACAUUUUCAGAAGAGAACGCAUCUGAUGAACUGACCGCAUCAUUUAAAUCAUGUUUCGAGAACAGUCUUGAAGUUUACUGUCUACCUUGUGACCAGAAGAGACAUAAACUGGUAUUUGCUAAAUGUGUCUGUACAGUCUGUGAUGAACAUAUGUGCUGGGAUUGUUUUAAUUCACACACACACCAUUCACUCUCUAAAAAUGAUACGUUUCCAGAUGAAAAUAAUAUACCUAAUACUUUACUCCAAGGUUCUGCAACUGUCGACUUUGUUACGACUGAUGACUUAACAGAACCCUGUCAAAAACAUAAAGACGAAACGAUCAAGUUCUACUGUCAGGACCAUAAAGAAUUUCUUUGUAAUGUUUGUGUUACUCUUGGACAUCGACCUACUUCUUGCAAAGUCAACUACAUUCCUGGUAUAUCUAAAAGGGUCAUUGACAGCCAGGAAUACCAAGAAACGUUAAAGCACAUUUACACAAUUUCAGACAAUUUUCUAGAAAUGAAAGAACACGCAACACAUACUAUUUCAAAAUCUGACGAAUCAUUGUCAGGAGUAUUAGAUGACAUCAAGAAGUUCCGAAAGGAAAUCAACGAAAGACUAGACGAACUUGAACAACAAGCGGAAGAUGCUGCUAUGCGUAUCCUUCAAGAAAAUAGGAAAAACCUGAAUAAAGUAGACACAGCUUGCUCAGAUGUAACCAUAUUUCUAGAGAAAGCAGCUAAUGAACUCAGACAACUUAACACAUCAAAACAAUCAGAUAAACUUUUCGUCGAACUAAAGCGUGCUGAGGAAAUGGUAAAACAAUACGAAAUAAAGUUUGAAGAAUUCACCAACUUUGAUAUAAAAGAAUUUAACUUCAAGCCAAAUGAGGCAAUAUCAAGCCUUUUGUCCGUAAAAGAAACGAAUCUUGGUACGUUUUCACCGAUACCUUUACAAAUGAAAUCCAGGCUAAUCUGCAAUCAAUCAAAGAUCUGCGCUCAGACGCUCAGAGAAAAACAGAUGUGCUCUAUAACUGGAAUGACUCUUGUUUCUCCGGAACUUCUUGCUAUCGCCGACAACAGAAACAUGACUUUGAAACUGGUAGACGUAUGCAAUCAACGGUUGACAGCUCUAUUAAACUUGUAUACCGAACCAUGGGAUGUCACCACAAUUUCUAAUGACGAAGUUGCUGUAACUCUUCCUAGCAAACAAACAAUUCAAUUCUUAUCAGUGUCGUCAAACAAACUAAUAAAGAAACAUACAAUACAAACGGAUGGAGAAUGUUAUGGUAUAAGUUGUAAUCAAGGUAAAAUGGUUGUUUCAUUCAAUGAUCCAGCAAAACUCCAGAUUAUUGACAUCGACGAUAAUACUGUUCUGACAACUGUUGGAGCAGGACUUACAUUCAUUAAACCAUUAUAUGUCAUAGCAAAUGAAAUAUCUAUAUAUGUUACUGACGGAGAAAUGAGAAAGCUGCUCAGGUUAAAUUGGCAAGGUGAUGCGAUAAGCAGCUAUGGGGAUAUGAAAAACCCUUCAAAAAUCGCGUUUUCUGAUAGUGGUACAGUCUUUGUGUGUGACCUGCAGAGAAAUGUUAUAGAAGAGGUGUUAGAAGAUUGCUCAAGGGGAAAGGUUGUGUUGAGGAACGUGAAGAGUCCUCGGGCAAUAUGUUGGUGUCCCGAGACAAACAGGCUGUACAUGAGCUGUGGAACCGAUGACGGAAGAUAUGAUAACGUCAUUCAUAUUUACAAAAUGUUAUAGAUAGAAAAAUGGCGCUAGAUUGUUGUUGUCAACUAGAUAUAUAAAGUAAAUAUAUCAAAACCACUUAAUUUCUUUUCUAAUAAAAUUUUUAUUUGUU